UUGUAUUUCCCCUUUGCUUCACAGUGACAUCAAGGCGGGCAACAUCCUACUGACCGAACAGGGUGUGGUGAAGCUGGCCGAUUUUGGCAGCGCGGCCAUCAAAUGUCCCGCCAACAGCUUCGUGGGGACACCGUACUGGAUGGCACCGGAGGUGAUCCUGGCCAUGGACGAGGGCCAGUACGACGGCAAGGUGGACGUGUGGUCGCUCGGUAUCACCUGCAUCGAACUGGCGGAACGGAAACCUCCCUACUUCAAUAUGAAUGCGAUGUCUGCGCUGUACCACAUUGCGCAAAACGAGGCUCCUUCGUUACAGGCUCCAGACUGGUCCGAUAUUUUUCGGAGUUUUGUGGAUUUUUGCUUGAAGAAAUCCCCGAAUGAGAGGCCAAAUUCCAGUAAACUGUUAACCCACUCGUUCAUGACGAGGAUACGAUCGCCAAAUGUACUGAUUGAUUUAAUAGCGAGAACUAAAGCUGCCGUUAGGGAAUUGGACAAUCUAAAUUAUAGGAAGAUGAAGAAGAUCCUAAUGGUGGAUUCCUGCGAAACCGAAAGCAAUGUCGGCGAUGCGGAAGAUACACCGGAUGAGCAGAUUGGUGGUGAUAGCAGCAAGAGUAAUAGUAUAACCUCGGAACAUUCGUUACAUUCGGUGGAUCACCAUGGAGGCGUGUUGCGAAAUCCAUCGAGGCAUCGGAUACCGGGCCAAGGGCUUCCGCCGAUGCACAACAACAGUAUGAACAAUUCAGGUGGUCGCGAUGGGUUGAUGGUGGGCGACGGUCUGAAUCGACUGAGUCUGGGUGUGAGUGGGGGAAGCGGUGGCAGUGGAAUGGGCAGUGGGGGACUCGGAGGAAGUGGCUCUGGGUCCGGUAGUAUGGGUGCUAGCAUUGGGUAUCAAAAUUCGUCAUCUAGUCCCGUUGUACCUCAUCAUCAUCCGCAUCAUAAUCACGUGCCGCAGGCGGCAGCGAAUGCGGUUGCCGAGCACGGUGCCAACAAUUUUGCUACUAUUAGGACAACCAGUAUUGUGACGAAACAGCAGAAAGAGCACAUGCAGGAGGAAAUGCACGAACAAAUGUCCGGCUACAAGCGGAUGCGACGGGAACAUCAGGCAGCCUUAGUGAAAUUAGAAGAACGGUGCAAGGUCGAAAUGGAGCAGCACAAAGGAGCAUUGGACAAGGAAUAUGAUCUGCUAUUACAUAGUUUCACUAGGGAUUUAGAUAAACUUUCGGGCAAACAUCAACAAGAAAUUGAUAGGAGGAUAAAGCAAAACAACGUUGCCGAGAAGAAACUGUACAAGGAGAUAUCGACGCGGCAAGAAGGCGAUCGCAAAGCGUUCGAGUUGCAUAAAAAGAAAGAAUAUAAAGCAAACAAGGAACGAUGGAAGCGAGAACUUUCGAUGGACGACUCGACUCCGAAGCGGCAACGGGAUGCUACGCUACAAUCCCAAAAAGAUAAUCUGAAGCAAGCGGAGGCUCAAGAGGAGCAGCGAAUGCUGCGAGUACAGAAGAACUACAUCGAUCUGGAGAUGCGAAAGUUCCGGAGGAAAAAGAUGGUACUUCUGCACGAGCUCGAGAACCAGCUGUUACGAGAUGAGUUGAGCAAGAAACAGCUGCAGCUGGAACAAGCCCAUGGCAUGCUAAUAAAACACCAUGAAAAGACUCAGGACUUAGAAUAUCGACAACAGAAGAGUGUUCACGCUCUCCGAGAAGAUCAGAUAUCAAAACAACACGAAAGUGAGCUGCGUAACCAAAAGGAGUACAUGGACAGGGCGGAGCGGGAGCUGUUGAGGAGGCAUGCGCUGGAACUCAAGCAGCAACCGAAAAGUCUGAAGCAAAAAGAGCUCCAAAUACGCAAACAGUUCCGGGAAACGUGUAAAACCCAAACGCGUCAGUACAAGGCACUGAAAGCUCAAAUCCUGCAUACGACGCCUAAGGAGGAACAAAAAGCUGUGAUAAAGAAACUAAAAGAGGAACAACAUCGGAAGUUAACGUUAUUGGGUGAUCAGUAUGAACAAAGUAUUGCCGACAUGCUGCAGAAGCAGAGUUUGCGGCUAGACGAAAGUCAGGAAGUCGAAUGCCAUCAGCUGAAGGAUCGGCUACAGUACGAGCUGGAGAUCCUGACGGCGUACCAGAGCAAGAAUCGGAUGCAAGCGCAGGCGCAGCGGGACCGCGAGCGGAAGGAGCUCGAGGAUCGCGUCAGCGUGCGGCGAGCUCUGCUGGAGAGUAAGAUGGAAACCGAACUGCAACAGUUCAACCAGGAACGAGCGGAGCGGAUUCGCUUGCUGCGGGAACGACACGAGAAGCAGCUAGAGGCAUUCGACGAGGAAUCGGCGCGGAUGGGCUUCAGUGCACUGGCGUUAGCCGAAGCCUCGAAGGAAACCUACCCGGACGAGGAGGGCAGCCUGUCCGGGUCGAUGCUUAGCUUGGCCCAUAGUAACAGUUCUACCAGCUUUCCGGCCGGUUCGCUAUAGCAUAAAUCCCGCUGCACCCUGCAUACGCUGUCGUCCAGCCACAACUCGAUGUAGUUGGUCAAUGGCGGCAGCCAGCGGAUUCCAAUGCCAGAAGGAGUCGAGCACCAUGGUGGUGGUGGAGUGGCAAGGUGAGAUAUUGCUGCCUAUAGUUGGUUGAGUAUGUGUAAUUUUACUUGUCCCGUCGGAGGCAGGACGGUUCGGCGAAAGUGGUGAUGAGUGGUGAAUCCCCAACACGGGACGGGGUGUUUAAUGGUUUAAUGUUUGUUACAUUUGGAUUGUGUUUCUCUUGAAAAACAAACUUCCGUUUAUGCUACUCAACAGUGGUGGAUAUCCUG